AACUCCCAGUCUCAGGGCUUGUGGACCAUUGCAUUUAGGGACACGCCCAGAGGGAGCCCUGUAGGGAAUCCCUCGAGCUGGGUGAAUUCCACCAGCAAGGGCAGUCUCCUAAGCUCCGCAAUGCUCCUCUGGCUCGCGGUCUUGGCCCUGGCCCUGAGCCCGCGUGGAGCGUGGGGAUGCCUGCUCUGCGACCCCGCAGUGGUGGCAGGACUACGAGAUCUGGAGCAGUUCUACCUGCCCAGUCACAUGGACGUGCCCCAAGUCCUGCAGACUUUCAUGAACCGGCUGGAGGAGACUGUGCGCCAGUUCAGCGAGCUGCCCUUUCAGGAGAACUCCUACCAGGGCGUCAUAGAUGAACCCACGCUGAGCAAAGCGUCCUGGGCCUUCCUGAAGGAGUUGAAGCGGAUCAAAGAUAGCGACCUCAAAGACAAUUUCCUCUUGAAGGAGCUCACCUGGACGCUGCAUAUGCAGAAGGAGAAUUUCGCCCGCCUGGUCCGGGAAUUCUACAGAGAAAGUGAGGAAGAGCCCUGGAGGACCUGCUCCCCAGCCCGCACCCCCUCGGGCAGCCCAGCGGCGUUUGCCCUGCCCCCACAGGGAGCUCUGAGACCAUUGCGAAGAGCCCAGGGGAGCUCCCGCGUCUUUGCUCCCGCACCCUCAGGGAGUCGGCUCAUUCGAGAAAUCCCUAAGCAUUUGCCCCCUUCCCCUCGGGGAGCCCUAUGACCUUUGCAACAUUCCUCCUGGGGAGCUUUGUGCCUUUUGCCCUCGCCCCACCGGAAAGCCCAGCACCCUUUGCCCUGACCCUCCAUCUACGGGGACUCCGGGUUCUGGGCCCCAGCCCCAUCCCUUCUGUGACCUCGGUGAUUCCAGUGCCCUCAGGGAAUCUUAGGCUUACUCUGUGGCAUCUCUCGGGAGGAUCUAGGCCCUUCGUUCCCCCAGUCACAUACCCCUUGCCCUUUGGGUAAGCUCGGAUCUCUUCUUCCCCACAGGUUUUUGUCCCAACAAAUGCGGUGAGCGCCUGGCUCUCCCCUUUUAUCCCGGGCCCAGUUCCAGCCACCCUUCAGGGUCCUGUCCUAUCUCCGGCUUUGCCCGCUGGGGAUCUGGAGACAUCUCCCAGCCCCGCCUCCUCCCAGCCCCUUUGCCCAGCCUCCUCGCCCUUACGCCUACCCCCCACCCCUCGCAGGCCUCAUGAUGCAGACCCUCAUCUGGUGCUAUGGGUGCGAGAAGCAGGUGCACGCCCUUUCAAAAAUCUUAAUGACUGCGGUGGUGAGCUGGGGUUGGAAGGUGGGGAGGAGGUCAGGGGCUGGGGGCGGGACCU